AUGGUCGAGGACUUCAUGCGCAACUUCGACGCUGAAACAGCAGAAGCAAUGGUGUUCUAUGAAAUUGAAGCAGAGUUGACAGAGCAAGGACAAAGUUUUGCCGACUUUGGUAUAUCACCACCAUCCAUCUUUUGUCCAAUUCAAAUAGAAACCAUCAACAAGGAAGAAGAGCUUCGUGUCGGACAACAAAUGUAUGAAGCUUUGAAUGAAAGCCAACAUCAGGCAGCGGAUGAGAUUCUGGAAGCGUACUACAGACGAUCAAUAACUACUGCUUCAUGUUUGUUUAUAGAUGGACCUGGUGGUACAGGAAAAACACAUUUGUACAACACACUGUGUCGUUUAUUCAAAGGACAAGGUGUCCGUGUUCUAACAGUUGCAUGGACAGGAAUUGCAGCAAAUCUAUUGCCUGAAGGAAGAACAGCACAUAGUCAUUUCAAGCUUCCUGUGCCUCUCUUGGAGACGUCUAGGUCCAGUAUUCAACCAAACACAAAGGAAGCCGCGGUAAUUAGAAAGGCUGACGUCUUGAUUUGGGACGAGGCACCAAUGGCUCCAUCGUAUGCCCUCAAAGCCGUCGAUAUUCUGUUUAGAGAUAUAAUGAAUGUCAAUGUGCCUUUCGGGGGGAAAAUCAUGGUGCUUGGAGGAUAUUUUCGUCCAGUUCUUCCAGUUGUUCGAUUCGCGAAUAGAUCACAACUGGUUGCUGCAAGUCUCAAGAGCUCGGAACUCUGGUCUUACUUCAAGAUUAUUCGUCUAAACAAGAGCAGAAAAACAGGACCAGGCGAAGAGGAAUUUUCAGAAUGGCUCAUUAAGCUUGGCAACGGUGAACUACCACCAAAGGAAAAUGACGAAAUCGAAUUGCCUGCUGCCUGCAUAUCAGAUGUAAUGCCAAUUACAAUAAGAAAUGGUUCUAUUAAUCGUUUAGUACCAUUAGAACAACGUGUCCACAUCUUAACAGGACCAUUGUUUGAUUGGCAAUUAUCUCUAGAUCAUUCCGUACAUUUUACCGGUGUGCAUAUUGAAUUCGAGCAAAAAUUCAACCACUACAGAGUUACUGCUAGACGAAGACAAUCAGAUGUUUCAUGA